GCCCCACACGACUCGACCCGCCUUUGGCAGUGCGUAUUUUAGUUUCGCCAUAUCUGCAACGUUACAAGAACCCGAACAUAUUUUCUCCAUUUUGCGGACAAUUUUAGAAGGAUUUUGACCGGCAUAGGGCGUAAAGGACUCCUCAAGCCGUUUUCGUAGAGUAGUGCUGCAAGAAAUUUCGAAAGAAGUGCCCUGCAGUCUACAUUCAUUGCCAGUCUACCAGUGAAAUCAUGUAACAAGAGAUAUACAACAUAGUACCUCAACUUUCUCGAAACUGUCAAUCAUGCUGUCACCAUGGCAACACGGAUACAUACGGGACGGCAUCAUGGUGCACUUCCACCAUGGGAACCACUCCGAUCCCCUCAAGCCGAUCGGAAACGACAGCCUGGACGUGGCGUGUAAGGGGUGUUUCGAGCGGUUCGACACCACAGCGUGCGUCCGCAGCGGUCUCAUGACCCUGUUUGUGACGGUGACAGGGCUACUUUGUGCUGCAAAGUUGUGCCGUCUACACCAGAAGAACCAGAGAACAGUACACCAGUACAUCAUCUUCUACACAGCACUGGUGGAGUGUGUCUUAUGUGCAAUCCAUUGGAUCUAUGCCAAGUACACCCAGAUCGAGUUUGGGCUGCAGUAUCUAAAGUUGCUCCAGUUCCUUGUGGUCUGCCAUGUUUACUGUUGUCUCGCUGCCAGGGUCACAAGAAGAGAACAACUCUCCUCAAGAGUUGUGGGUCCCCUGUUUGUGCUGGCCUUUAUCUACUUCACAGUUAUCGCAGUGAUGGGCAUGUUGGAUGCCAGGUCCUCCUGGGUGGACUGUAGAGAACCAGAAUGGAUCCUGCUGUCCUCCAUGGAGUUCGUUCUUGUGCAGUUGUUUCUCGUCUCAGGGAUUUACAUCACCAAAAAACUCAACAAGAUCAGCACACAGGCCGAGACCAGGAGGGAGCAAAAACGGGACCUGUGGGGGUUGAUUGGUGUUUUUGAGCUGUCUGCUACCGUUACACUGGUUUAUGACAUCAACAUGUUAAUAUGGUCAGAUGAAGACAACGGCUGCAGUGGUGUCUUCCUGCACACCCAGUGGUUCUACUCCCUGAUCUAUGCCCUGUUGUAUGUCUGUGAUUCUAACCUGUGUGUUAUAUAUCCCCAGCUGCACACCCAGUGGUUCUACUCCCUGAUCUAUGCCCUGUUGUAUGUCUGUGAUUAUAACCUGUGUGUUAUAUAUCCCCAGCUGCACACCCAGUGGUUCUACUCCCUGAUCUAUGCCCUGUUGUAUGUCUGUGAUUAUAACCUGUGUGUUAUAUAUCCCCAGCUGCACACCCAGUGGUUCUACUCCCUGAUCUAUGCCCUGUUGUAUGUCUGUGAUUAUAACCUGUGUGUUAUACUAGUAUAUCCCCAGCUGCACACCCAGUGGUUCUACUCCCUGAUCUACGCCCUGUUGUAUGUCUGUGAUUAUAACCUGUGUGUUAUAUAUCCCCAGCUGCACACCCAGUGGUUCUACUCCCUGAUCUAUGCCCUGUUGGAGCUGUUGAAGUUCAUGUUGCCCAUCUGGACCAUGCUGUGUGUGUUCCACCCUGUAGAGGCAGCUUCUACAGACUUCGACUCCAGCUGGGCAGAGGACGGGACGUACACGUCGGUGUUCAGUCCGCAGCGAGGAAGCCGUUACCGCCGGCUGCAGAACCCGACAAGCGUCCAGGCAUCAUAAACAUUAUAUUUCUGU